AUGUUUGAAAGGACAAUACGAAUGAUGAAAAAUAAACCUACAUAUCGGAUGGAACAAAUUGCACACAGUCAUCACCAAAGCGUACAUAUUGAAGACAACAAAAUAACAAAUAUUAACACACACACGUGGCUCGUACAAUCAGCGACAUCAGAUAAAAGUCCAUACUCUGUUACAAUUAAUAACACAGAAAAUUGUAUAGGAUGUCCUUUGGCAUGUCCUAAUUGUCAUGUGUGUGUCCAUCAAUUUACAUGCAUAUGUAUUGAUUACAAAAUCAAAGGAAACUUUUGUAAACAUGUACAUGCAUGCAUUCGAGUGUCCAAUAAAAAAUUUGAAAUUUCUAUUGACGAAGACCGAGAAACAUCAGCCUUUGAUGAGCAUAAUCGUAAUGUUGUUGAAGGAGUUCAAAUAAAUUCGGUACAUCCAAAUGAAUCUGUUUCAAUAUCAACUCGCUUUACAGCUCUACUUAAUGCAGCAGUAGGAGUGGCGAAUACUGCAACAGAUGAAGCCAAACUAAAAGGCAUUAAAAAACUUGAAGACCUCGUGCAAAUUUUACAACAGGUCAAACAAAUCCAAUCAAUUCCGGUUCAUUUUUCCCAAAAGUAUCUAACUUGCCAAGCCACAAAAAUAUUGCGACACAACGUUUUCAUUCUACGAAAAAAAAACAUAAAGCAUCAACUAACAAAUUGA